ACUUAUAACAGCUCUCCUUUUCUUUUAUUUUCACUUUUAGUCCUUGAAGAGAGAAAUUGCUCAGACCCUGGGGGCCCGGUCAAUGGCUACAGGAAAAUAACUGGAGGUCCUGAGUUUAUCAAUGGGCGCUAUGCAAAAAUUGGCACCGUUGUGUCCUUCUUUUGUAAUAACUCAUAUGUUCUCAGUGGGAAUGAGAAGAGAACUUGCCAGCAGAAUGGAGAGUGGUCAGGGAAACAGCCUAUCUGCAUAAAAGCCUGUCGAGAACCAAAGAUUUCAGACCUGGUGAGACGGAGAGUUCUUCCAAUGCAGGUCCAGUCAAGGGAGACACCAUUACACCAACUAUACUCAGCAGCCUUCAGCAAGCAGAAACUGCAGAGUGCCCCUACCAAGAAGCCAGCCCUUCCCUUUGGAGACCUGCCUGCUGGGUACCAACAUCUGCACACACAGCUCCAGUAUGAGUGCAUCUCACCCUUCUACCGCCGCCUGGGCAGCAGCCGGAGGACAUGUCUGAGGACUGGCAAAUGGAGUGGGCGGGCCCCAUCCUGCAUCCCUAUCUGUGGGAAAAUUGAGAACGUCACUGCUCCAAAGACUCAAGGGAUGCGCUGGCCGUGGCAGGUGGCCAUCUACAGGAGGACCAGUGGGAUGCAUGAUGGCAGCCUGCACAAGGGUGCAUGGUUCCUGGUCUGCAGUGGUGCCCUGGUGAACGAACGCACCGUGGUGGUGGCUGCCCACUGUGUUACCGACCUGGGGAAGAUCACCAUCAUCAAGACAGCAGAUCUCAAAGUUGUCUUGGGGAAAUUCUACCGGGAUGAUGACCGGGAUGAGAAGACUAUUCAGAGCUUGAGGGUUUCUGCUGUCAUUCUGCACCCCAACUAUGACCCCAUCCUGCUCGAUACCGACAUCGCCAUCCUGAAGCUCCUGGACAAGGCCCGCAUCAGCACCCGCAUCCAGCCCAUCUGCCUUGCAUCCACUCGGGACCUCAGCACCUCCUUCCAGGAGACCCACAUCACUGUGGCUGGCUGGAACGUCCUGGCAGACGUGAGGAGCCCUGGCUUUAAGAACGACACGCUGCGCUCAGGGGUGGUCAGGGUGGUGGACUCUCUGCUGUGUGAGGAGCAGCAUGAAGACCAUGGCAUCCCAGUGAGUGUCACUGACAACAUGUUCUGUGCCAGCCGGGACCCCACCGCUCCUUCUGACAUCUGCACCGCAGAGACAGGGGGCAUCGCAGCUGUGUUCUUCCCAGGCCAAGCAUCCGCUGAGCCACGCUGGCAUCUGGUGGGCCUGGUCAGCUGGAGUUAUGACAAAACCUGCAGCCACAGCCUCUCCACGGCCUUCACCAAGGUGCUGCCUUUUAAAGACUGGAUUGAGAGAAACAUGAAAUAAACCAGGAUUUAUUUCUGUAUGUGUGUUGCAUGAGGCAAUGAGGACCUGAAGUAUAACUUUGCCCAUGAACUUGGCUAUGCCAGGGCUUCUGAUUUCAGGGACAAAACUCAGUGGAGGGUGAGUAGAGCUUGGUUUCUUGUAGGCCACUGCCUUUCCAACUGCUUAGACAGCCAUUUGGAAGCACCAGCGCUUGCAAGAACUGAGUUUAUUCAAAAAAGAAACCAUAUGAAUAGAAAAGAAAACCUCCCUGUUCAACUGACGCAGUGGCCUUCCCCACCUUUUGGUGAUGCAAAUGUCAUAGUCACAUCUGGUUGAGAGACAGUUGACCUGGGGAGAUGAGGGCUUCAUGAGGCUCCAGCCAAACCGAGUUCUAGAGAGCCAUCUGCGGGACAGCCCAGGGCAGCAGAGUUGGAUGCGGCUCAUGCUUUUGUGUAUGUCGCCACAGUACAGACGGGUCCUGUUCCUUCCCAGUCUCCUGUACAUAUUUUAAUAAAACAAGGGUUGGCUUCUGACCUACAAAACAAA